ACAGAAGUUCUAAAGUAGUGUAGGAUGAAUCUUUGCAUAAAAGCUUUGCAUAAAAAAUUAAAAACUAUCGGUCGAUGAAAAAAAGCGGCAUGACAAAACCGACAUAAUCAGCCUUUAUUUCUACGACUUUCCUGUUGCCGCUGUAGAGCUUUACAAACCUAGGAAGCAUUACUCUUACGCUAUUUUAUUAAUCUAUUUGAUCAAUUAAUGCUGAAAAAUGCCGAAACGUGCCUAUCCCUUCGAAGAGAAUUUGUUGCCACAGAUGAAAGUACACGUAGGACAGAAACAAGUGGAUAACGGAGUGUCGAGUGAUCAGCGGAUGAAAGAUAUUUAUGAUAGAACUCUGAGUUUACUCAAGGCAGGCGCAAAAGCACUUGCUCACAAAUUAGACACAUCUGCACAGGAUUUUGUAGACUUACCUUCACUUGAAUCUUCGUUACCUUGUAGAUCUAAAUCCAAUUUAAAACAAAUGUUGCUAACCAAUAAAUUGAAAUUGAAAACUAACGACAAAGUUAUUAAUGAUAUGCGAGUGGAACUUUGUACGUGUUGCCGGCUGAUAGAUCGAUUUACAGUAAACACAUGCCAUUAUUGUGAUCAAGCAUUAUGUUCUUCCUGUCUAUCUAUAUGCGCUGAUUGUUCAGAAUUGUUUUGUCAAAACUGUUCUCUACCUGUAUAUAACUGUAAAGAACAAGUUAUGUGCCUUAAUUGUUAUCGAUAACUUUCAAAAAAGAGAUAUUUUCAAAGAAAAGUUGCUUUUAUGAAAUUCAUCAUAUGCUUCUAUUGCGAUUUUAUUUGCUUAUAUAAAUCAUGCAGUAUCACUAUUAUGAGAAUAUUAAGAACAUGGAUAAUUUUAGAUUACAAAAUUCUUGUACAAAUAGUAUUGAGAAUAAGAUAUUUCAAUGAUUGUAUAUAAUCCUUACUUAUUUUAUUAAU